AUAAACCGCUACUCCAUUGAUACACAGAUUUUUGAGCUCAGAAGGAAAGAAAACAUUCACAGAGAAAUAAGAAGAAAAAGAGAGAGAGAGAAGAGGGAUAGCGAGAGCGGGAAAUCUCUGAUUUGAAAUUCUCGGCGAAUCUAAGUUUCUCUUCUUCGGAGAUUCCGUGGGACAAUGAUCGGACAACUGGUGGAUCUUCUCUCCGGCGGCGACGAUUCCGGCGCCGGAGCUAAGGUGAAGGGAACGGUGGUUCUGAUGAAGAAGAACGUUCUCGAUUUCAACGAUUUCAACGCUUCAUUUCUGGAUCGUCUCACUGAAUUUCUGGGGAACAAAGUCACUCUCCGACUCAUCAGCUCCGAUGUUGCAGACUCAGGAAACGGGUCAAAAGGAAAACUCGGGAAACCAGCUCACUUGGAGGAAUGGAUCACCACGAUCACUCCUUUAACCGCCGGCGAAUCUGCGUUCAAAGUCACAUUCGAUUACGAGAACGGUUUCGGGUUUCCGGGAGCUUUCGCGAUCAGAAACGAUCAUUUCAGUGAGUUUUAUCUCAAGAGCCUCACUCUUGAAGACGUCCCUGGCCAUGGCAGAGUCCAUUUCCUCUGCAACUCCUGGGUUUACCCUUCUCAUACCUACGAGAAAGACCGAGUUUUCUUCUCCAACAAGACGUAUCUUCCAAGCCAGACGCCUGAGCCGCUGGUACAGUACAGAGAAAAAGAGCUUGUGAGCUUGAGAGGAACCGGCAAAGGAGAGCUCAAGGAAGGGGACAGAGUCUAUGACUAUGCUUAUUACAAUGACUUGGGCGACCCACCGAAGAACCCACGACCUGUUCUCGGAGGAUCUGAAGAGUAUCCGUACCCGAGAAGGGGACGAACUGGACGGAAACCGACCAAAGAAGAUCCUAAUACCGAGAGCAGGUUACCGAUCACAUCGAGCCUAAACGUCUACGUUCCAAGAGACGAGAGAUUCGGACACUUGAAGAUGUCUGAUUUUCUGGUGUUUGCGCUGAAAUCUAUCGUUCAGAUUGUCCAGCCUGCACUUGAGGCUGUGUUCGAUAAGAGUCCAAAUGAGUUUGAUUCUUUUGAAGAUGUUCUUAAGAUCUACGAAGAAGGAAUCGAUCUGCCAAAUCAGUCUUUUUUCGAUAAUAUCAGAAACAAUAUACCUCUCGAGCUGCUAAGGGAGAUCUUCAGAACUGAUGGUGCGAAAUUGCUCAAGUAUCCAGAGCCUCAGAUCAUCAAAGAGGACAAAUCUGCGUGGAGAACCGAUGAAGAAUUCGCCAGAGAAAUGCUUGCCGGGCUGAACCCUGUCGUCAUUCGCCUUCUCGAGGAGUUUCCUCCAAAGAGUAAGCUUGACAGCCAAAUGUACGGUAACCAAACCAGUACUAUCACCAAAACCCACAUAGAGCACAAUCUAGAGGGGCUCAACGUGGAAGAGGCACUCGAAAAGGCAAGAUUGUUCAUACUUGACCACCAUGACACGCUGAUGCCAUACUUGAGACGCGUAAACAUGACUGGGACCAAGACUUACGCAACUAGGACGCUUCUGUUCUUGAAAGAAGAUGGGACCUUGAAGCCACUAGUGAUAGAGCUUAGCUUGCCUCAUCCUGAUGGUGACAGAUUUGGAGCUCUGAGUGAAGUUUAUACACCCGGCGAUGGAGUUCAGGACUCCUUAUGGCAGUUGGCGAAGGCUUAUGUCGGUGUGAAUGACUCCGGUAACCAUCAGCUCAUCAGCCACUGGUUGAACACGCAUGCUGUGAUUGAGCCUUUCGUGAUCGCCACGAACAGGCAGCUGAGCGCUCUUCACCCUGUUUACAAACUCCUGCAACCUCACUAUCGGGACACGAUGAACAUCAAUGCAUUCGCUCGGCAAAUCCUUAUCAACGGAGGCGGCAUUCUAGAAACAACUGUCUACCCUGCUAAAUACGCCAUGGAAAUGUCAUCCUUCAUCUACAAGCAUUACUGGACUUUCCCUGACCAAGCCUUACCAGCAGAUCUCAAAAAGAGAGGUAUGGCAAUUGAGGACCCCGAGGCGCCACAAGGGUUGCGCCUUAGGGUAAAAGACUAUCCAUAUGCAGUAGACGGGCUCGAGAUCUGGUCAGCGAUUGAGUCAUGGGUCCGAGACUACAUCUCGUUCUACUACAAGACCGAUGACGAUGUCAGAAACGACACCGAGCUCCAAACAUGGUGGAAGGAGAUCCGAGAGGAAGGUCAUGGCGAUAAAAAGUCCGAACUUUGGUGGCCAAAGAUGCAAACCCGCAAAGAACUUAUCGAUUCUUGCACCAUAAUCAUCUGGAUCGCUUCCGCUCUCCACGCAUCCGUGAAUUUCGGACAAUACCCUAUUGCAGGGUACAUGCCGAACCGUCCGACCAUUAGUCGUCAGUUCAUGCCUGAAAAGGGAACUCGAGAGUUUGAAGAACUCGAGAAAAACCCGGACAAAGUGUUCUUGAGGACGAUCACUGCUCAGAUUCAGACACUUCUCGGGAUUUCGAUUAUCGAGAUUCUGUCGAGGCAUUCGAGUGACGAGGUAUACUUGGGGCAGCGAGAUUCUAAUGAAUGGACGACGGAGAACGAAGCGUUGGAAGCGUUUUCUAGGUUUGGUGAGAGAUUAGCGGAGAUCGAGAGGAAGAUCGUCGAGAGAAACGACGACGUUUCGCUCAAGAACAGGAACGGUCCGGUGAAAAUGCCGUACACUUUGAUGUUUCCGACCAGUGAAGGUGGAAUUACUGGGAAGGGAAUUCCGAACAGUGUAUCCAUCUGAGAAUAUUCUCAGCCGUUGGAUUUGGUUAAGCAAUGUCAUUAUGGCAUGAUUUGUGUGUGUGUGUGUCUGUGAUUCUUCUCUUUGGUUAUUUCGUAUCAGUCGUGUUCUCUCAUGCUACGUGUUUCGCAGGUUAGGUGUUGGUUGUUGGUAUAAGCGGUUGUUCAUUCGACCGGUCGAACCAGUGAGUGGGGUCGGUUCGUGUUGUUAUGAUGCAUUAUUAAUAUCUUAAAUAAACCCUGCAAUAAUUACCUUUUC